AUGUCCAGCAAGGUGACCGUUGGCAGUGACAUUGGGCAAGCCCGCCGGGCCGUGGAGCAGCUGCGGAUGGAGGCGGGCAUUGACCGCGUGAAGGUAUCCAAGGCAGCUGCUGACCUGCUGCAGUUCUGCACAGAGCAGGCCAAGAGCGACCCCUUUCUCGUGGGCAUCCCGGCCGCCACCAACCCCUUCAAGGAGAAGCCCUGCGCCAUCCUAUGAACCCUGCAGCCCGGACCACCCGGGGGCCUCAAUGAACAUCAAGUGAGUGCUCCUCAGGGCAUGGCUUAGCUGAGCUUCCGUGGUGGACUUCGGGUUUGUAGGGGCCAGGUGUGGGGUGUGCCUGGCCCAGCCUCCCUCCUCGCCCACGCCAGGGUCACGACCACAGAGGCACACCCUGGACCCUGAAUAGAGGAGCAUGCCCCUCCCUCACCUAUCCCUUCCCUGACUGCCCCCUUCCCCACGGUCUAUGGGGUAGCAUUAGCAGGUGCCCGGUCCCACUGCACAAACACCCGGGGUUAGAGUCCCGAUCUACAUAUCAGCGCAUGUCACCCACACGGCUCACACACGCGGGUACCUCAUGCAGACAAGUGCCAUUUCUCAAGUGUCUCCCUCUUCCUCACAGAAGACACAGAUAGGGACACCGUAACCAUGCACACAUCAGUGGUAAAGAACCCGUCUGCCAAUGCAGGA